AUGUACACGGCCGAGAUAAAUAAAAAGUCGAAGCCCCAUGCCAAAGUGAUCAAACACAGUGUGCCGUUUAACGGUCACCCGCCACCGCCGCCUCCCAUGCAAUUCCAGCAGCCUCCACCGUAUGGCUUCCCACCACCGCCGCAUUUUAACCAGCCCUAUAACCAGCCAUAUCCCCAACCAUACAGUCAAACAUAUAAUCAACCAUACCAUCAACCUUACAAUCAACCCUACAAUCAAGCUUAUCAUCCGCCACCUCAGCAGCAGAACCAAUCCUACUUCCAAAGUUUCAACAACUACCAACUUCCACCGGGUCAAAUUGUCGGUACAAUCACAUUUCACGACCUUUCUUCUAAAAUAGACGUCUCAAUCAAUGGAUGUGAUACAUCAAUGAAACGCCCUGAUCCCCUGGCCUCCGGGCGCAAAUUUCAUACUCGUAGCAUGGGAAAGCUGCAAUGGAAGGAAGAUGGGUUGUUCAGCAGCAAACAGAAGCUAGUGGAUGAGAAACGCAACGUGAUUGCAAAGUAUGACAAGGGCAAUGAGGAAAUUAUUGUCUUACUGCCACCAAGUCAAAUUGACCAGCAUCUUGAUAUGAUUGUUGUCACUGGUAUUGGAAUUAUUGAGGCUGAAAGGAAGUCGGACAGCGAUGGAGAAGCUGUUGAGGGCAUACUUGAUGUUAUCGGAGGUUGA